GGCCGCUGGGCGCGGUGACCGGGCGCCCCGAGACUGAGGCCACCCCGCCCGCCGCCGCCGCCAACCUGGGUCGCCGCCCCCCGCGCCGCGUCACUGGGUGCCGCGGGUGAGCACCUACCAUUGGCCGAACCGCGGAGGGGAGAGGCCGCGACCCUUCCCCGCCGGCGGGCGACGCGCCAGUGGGCCGGCGGCCUGGGCCUGGCGCUCAGUUUAAAAACGUAACCCGGGCCGCUGGCGGGCUCCGGAAACGAAACGAAAUUCGCCCCGCGGGCCGCCCUCCGGGCCCCGCCAGUCUCUCCGCGCGCCGCGCUCCCCGGAAUCGACCCUUCUCCCGCCAUUUGCCACCGGGCUCUCGCUGAGCCUGCCCUCCCAGGGCUCAGAGGCCUGCGGCCGCCGGGACCGAACGGGCGGCAUGGAGGCAAGCGUGGACUGCAGAGAAGGGGCUAGCGCCCGGCAGCACGUGUUCCUAGUCCCAGAUACUGCAUGUUUUUACAAAUUGACAGAUUGUGGCAACUCUGCAUUGGAGUAUUUAAAAGAUGCUUCAAAGAAGAUGAAAAGUGGGCUUAUGUUUGUAAAACUGGUUAACCCAUGUUCAGGGGAAGGAGCCAUUUACUUGUUCAAUGUGUGUCUACCACAGCUGUUUGAAAUAAAAGUUUUCAAGGAAAAAAACCAUUCUUGGUUUAUAAAUGAAUCAGUUCAAUCAGGAGGUCUUCUUCACUUUGCCACACCCAUGGACCCUCUGUUUCUGCUUCUCCACUACCUUAUAAAGGCUGAUAGAGAGGGAAAGUUUCAGCCCCUGGAUCAAGUUGUGAUGGAUGACAUGUUUCCGAAUUGCAUCUUGUUGCUGAAACUUCCUGAACUUGAGAAGUUACUUCGACAUGUGACAGAGGAGAAAGAAAUAGACAAGAAGAAAUAUUACAAGUACAGCAAAGAGAAGACAUUAAAAUGGCUGGAAAAAAAGGUUAAUCAGACUAUGGCAGCGUUAAAAACCAAUAAUGUAAAUGUCGGUGCCCGGGUACAGUCUACUGCAUUUUUCUCUGGUGACCCGGUUUCCAGUGACAAGGAAGAGGAUUAUAUUCGUUAUGCCCAUGGUCUGAUAUCUGAUUACAUCCCUAAAGAAUUAAGUGAUGACUUAUCUAAAUAUUUAAAGCUUCCAGAACCUCCAGCUUCAGUGCCAGACCCUCCAUCAAAGAGAGUAAAGUUAUCAGAUCAGCCCGUAGAAGCAAAAGAAGAUUACACUAAGUUUAACACUAAAGAUUUGAAGACUGUAAAGGUGGCAGCACAAAGACAGAAAAGGGACAAGUGACCACAGAUCCACGCAAGACUUGGCUGCUUCUCAUGUGAUUUAAGACACUCCCAAAGGGCUAAAACUUUUUCUUCUGCACUUCCUAGAAAAUCACCGAACGCCAAAAGACGUAUUUUAUAGGACUAACCCGGAAUGUUUUAUUUCUGUGAUCAAUACCACUAGUCCCUUCAGGCAGCAGCAACUCACCCUGGAGGCGACUGGCAUGGAACUAGAAAGCACCCGUAGUGUGAUUCUACCCUGAGGAAUUCAAGCCAUAUCACCCCUCUGCCGCAGCCUACCCACCAUAAAGGUAUGGGUUUUUAACAGUCUAGUGCUUCGGAUUUCAAAACAUUGGGAGGAGAAGGCUCAUUGUGAAAAUCGGGUCAUUUCUUAAGCUGGACCCUGUGGUCCUGCUGUUUUCCUGGGAUUAGGACAGCACUUUUAGGUUUGCACGUGGCGACUAUAAGUACUAGAUUCCACACCAGAAGCUUUGACAGACCAAGUUUCUACCCUUAUUAAAAAAAAGAAAAACGGGGAAUUCCCGGGAGGUCCAGGGGGAGGACUCAGCACGUUCACUGCCGUGGCAGGGGUUCAGUCCCUGGUCAGGGAAACAGGAUCCGCAAGCUGCGUGGUGCACCCCCCACCAAAAAAAAAGAAAAAAGAAAGCCUGACCUUUCUUUACUCCGUAUCAGUUUGGCAGCUUCUAGUUCAUAACAGUACCUGAACAUGUGCAUUUUAUGGUCUGCCGGAGUU